AGGUCACUUAUAGGGACUUUUCUAAUCAGCGCCUCCGUUUAGCUCACAAUCUGACUCCUUUUCGGCUGAUUUCGUUGGAGCUUUGAUCUCUCCGUUGAAAUGGUUGCUUUCCGGUUUCACCAAUACCAAGUGGUUGGGAGAGCACUUCCAACAGAGAAAGAUGUGCAGCCUAAGAUUUACCGUAUGAAGCUUUGGGCCACUAAUGAAGUUCGCGCCAAGUCCAAGUUCUGGUACUUCCUUAGGAAACUGAAGAAGGUUAAGAAAAGCAACGGACAGAUGCUUGCCAUCAAUGAGAUUUUCGAGAAGAACCCCACGAAAAUCAAGAACUACGGUAUCUGGCUCCGUUACCAGAGCCGAACCGGGUACCACAACAUGUACAAGGAGUUCCGCGACACCACGCUCAACGGUGCUGUGGAGCAGAUGUACACCGAGAUGGCUUCUCGCCAUAGAGUGAGGUUCCCUUGCAUUCAGAUCAUCAAGACCGCCACAGUCCCUGCAAAACUGUGCAAGAGAGAGAGCACCAAGCAGUUCCACAACUCCAAGAUCAAGUUCCCUCUUGUCUUCAGGAAGGUCAGGCCACCAACCAGGAAGCUCAAGACUACAUACAAGGCUUCAAAGCCCAACCUUUUCAUGUAAUAAAACCAAAUCUUGCAUGAUUCUCCUUGUCCGUUUCAACUAUCAGAUUAGCCUUCUUGUUCCUCAGUCUGAUCAAACACACCAUUUGGUGUUUAUCUUCUCUUGGAUUUUCAAAUUUUUGCAUCUAUGAACUUUGUCUUCUAGAUAUGAUACAUUAUCAGGUGACUCGUUUGAAAUU